UAAACAUGAUACAAUCAAUUGAUCAUAAUAUAUAAAACAAACAAAAAAAUAAAUUUUAUGUAUUAAAUUUCUCUUACAAUUUUAAGAAAACGAAUACAGUUAAAGUGUGUCUGAUCCAAUUCCCUAUGAUUUCUCUCUCUUGUCCAUUUGCCCCUUCAUCUCCCUUUGCACACACCAAACAAAGCAAAAAACCAGCUUCUUAGAAAGAGAAAGAGAAAGAGAUAGACCCAACACGCAUUGGUCAUGUUAUUGGUCAUCGCAUCGCACUGUGCAUAAUCAUAAUCAUCACCAUAAUAUUAAUAAUUAGUUAAUCAAAUAUGGAUUUGGAUGAUUUUCGAUCCAUAUUGGAUACUGCCGGCGUCGAUGUUUGGGUGUUAAUGGACGCCGCCAUCGACGUCGCCUCCGUUGACCACGCCUCCGAGUUGCGCCGCCGCAGAGACGCAAUCGUCGAGCGCCUUUACACGGCGGCGGCUCCGUCGCGCUGCGGAAACUGCGAGGCCGGUGAUGGUGGUGCUGGAGAAGCACCACCGAAGCAGAGCAGUCCCUCAACGGAGGUGGAAGAGGAGGAGGAAAAGGAUCCUUUCGGUGGCUUGUUCGAUGAUGAGCAGAAGAAGAUUCUGGAAAUCAAACUGCAACUUGAAGACCCAAACCAGUCUGAGGAUUCAUUGGUGGAGUUGCUUCAGAAUCUUGCAGACAUGGAUGUUACAUUCCAAGCAUUAGAAGAGACUGACAUUGGGAGGCAUGUGAAUCGUUUGCGGAAGCAUUCGUCCAAUGAAGUUAGGAGAUUGGUCAAGCUACUUGUCAGGAAGUGGAAGGAACUUGUAGAUGAAUGGGUGAAGUUCAAGACACCGGGAGAAGCGGCGGCCACAUCUGUUAUGGGUGAUGAAGACUCACCUCAGCAGAAAACCCCACAAAACGGGUAUCAUCAGAUUCCUGAUUUUUCAUGCUCGCCAAAUCCACACAAUGGUAGUUUUGGGUUGGAGGGCAACAAUAGUGUAGCUGAACCAAAGCCGAAAGCAAUUCCACGCAAAGAAGCGCGCCCAAAACCGGCACCAUCACCACCAUCAGUCCCAACUCCUCAAAAUAGACAGAGAGAACAGAGAGAUAAUAAUCUGGAAGCGGAGAGACUUGCUUCAGCAAGAAAGAGGCUUCAAGAGAACUACAAAGAGGCUGCAAAUGCCAAAAAGCAAAGAACAAUUCAGGUGAUGGACCUCCAUGAGUUGCCAAAGCCAAAGAAUAAGAAUACCUUCUUUGCAAAGAACAAAGGCGGCGCCGGUUCUAAUGGAAGGCACUGGUGAUAGUGAUAGUAAUAAUGAUACUGAGGCCGGAUAAAUCCUGAACACAGCUGAUGAUCAUUGAUCCCUUCAUAUACUUCAUCCCCAACAUGAGAAAACCUUUGUGGUUUUUUGUUUACUUAAUUAGGUGUUAGCCGUGUUAUCCCAAAAUAAUCCACACUAUUUAUUAGACUAUGCUUUUUUAUGAAAUGAUGGGUUAGGUGGAAGCACAUUUCAGGAUGAAGAUGGAAUUGUGUGGGGAAAUGAUUUUUUAAGAUUUGAUUAAAACAUUGGUCUUUUGAGUUGGAGCCUGAAGGCCUGGUUAAACUUCAAAUGGUUAAUGGUUUCUUCGGUGUUCAAUUGAGGACAGUUGAGUUU